AUUCUCUGACCAAAGUUGACAGAACCUUACAGCCAAUUGCCACCACCAGAGAGCCUACUUCUUUCAGCUUUUCAGAGUUUUACAUCCACUGUGAACAUGUCUGACACCGAAGCCGAUGCCUUAGAGGAUGAAGCCGAAGAAGUAGUAGAAGUAGAGGUAGCCCCUGAGGCAGCCCCUGAGCCAGAGGUAGAACCAGAACCAGAACCAGAACCAGAACCAGAGGUAGAACCUGAACCAGAGCCAGAGCCAGAGCCAGAGCCAGAACCAGAGCCAGUGGCGGAGGAAGAGGCCUAUGAAGAGGAAGUCGAGGAAGGAGAUCAAGAUGAAGAAAAGCCAAAGCCAAAACCUACUGCUCCUAAGAUCCCUGAUGGAGAGAAGGUGGACUUUGAUGACAUCCAUAAGAAGAGACAGAACAAAGACCUGGUUGAGCUGCAGGGACUGAUCGACGCUCACUUUGUGGGCAGGAAGAAGGAGGAGGAGGAGCUCCUUGCUCUCAUGGCCAGAAUUGAAAAACGUAGGACUGAGAGGGCUGAGCAACAGAGAAUCCGUGCUGAAAAGGACAAGGAGCGCCAAGCGAGACGUGAGGCUGAGAGGCUGAAGAGGGAGGAAGCAGAUGCCCAUAAGAGAGCAGAGGAAGAUGCUAAGAAGAAGUCUGCUCUGUCCAACAUGGGCUCCAGCUACAGCAGCCAUCUGCAGAAGGCUGACUCGAAGAGAGGUGGUGGUAAGAAGCAGACUGAGAGAGAAAAGAAGAAGAAGAUUCUUGCAGACAGACGUAAAGCAAUCAACAUCGAUCAUCUGAGCGAAGACAAGCUGAAGGAAAAGGCCAAAGAGCUGUGGGACUGGAUGUAUCUUCUUGAGGCUGAGAAAUUUGAUCACCUUGAGAAACUGAAAAGGCAGAAGUAUGAGGUUAUAUCCCUCAGAAAUCGUAUUGAUGAGCUGCAGAAGCACAGCAAGAAGGGAGCCGCCACCCGCCGCAGAAAGUAGACUACACAUUCAAGAGGCCACAGAAACAGCCCUGGAGCGACAAAACCUUCAAUGCCGUCUGUCCAUUACAGCUCCUCAGACAACAUAUAGACCUACAUCAAAUGCACAAAAACGACAACAUCUUGACGUGUCACUGCCUGUUUCGCGUUAUGUGGAAUUAUGUUGUCAUGAAGUCAGUCAGUUUCUUUAUGGUGUUCAUAAAGACCUGACUAGGCCUAUAGGUUUUUAUGACUUUUUUUGUAAAUAAAGGGUGACGCCUCAGUUUGUCUUACGAUCUUUUA